CGAAAGUUUAUGCGGCGAACGCAUUCUGUUAUUGUUGCACUUUUAUAACAAAAAAUUAACUGGAAUACUUCCUGCGAUCGGCAACCUUCAACCGUAACCACGCAACAGACCGCUAGAAAUGGGUGCAAAAUAUGAAUGCGCCGACUUUUCGCAGUUUCAGGAGCAACUGAAAAAGAUGCGCGAUCUGGACGACAAAAUCAUUUACGCCCUGAAUACCUCCAUCCCGACGGAAUCGUUCAAAGGUCAAGUGGACGCCGAAGCCAAGUGCCGCGAUCUGCAUGUUCAGCUCGAAUCCGGCUACAACCAUCGGCAGGAAGCGAUAAAGAACUGCAUUGUGGUGUGUGCCAACUCGGUUAAAAUGCUCAAAGAAAAGCGAGAGGAGCACAGGGAUGACGUUGGCCUGAACAAACAGUUCAAGACGGAACAGCGAAAGCUACGGUUACUGCAGGCAGAACUGAGCGUGGAGGACAUCAUUCGCGAGCGAACACAGAAAACGUUCCGUGAACGGUGCCGGUUAUUCUUUCGCUUCGACUCGAUGUAGACCAUUGACGACGACAGACUACGGCCACACAGGCCACAUCAUAGCUCAGCGGCGAUUUUCUCCGGUGGCGAAGUUUCGCGCAUUUCGGUUGGAGAGUGCAUUUAUAGAUAAGUGGAAAAGUGCAACAAAGGGAAUCGCAAAACCCUGUGUACCAGCUUCUGGUCAGGCGAGGAAGCAAUUUUAUACGCAUAUUUUGGGCGUUUCGAGCAAAUGAGACGAACAGCAUUGGAGAAAAAAGAAAUACAAUGUAGAACCUCAAACCGGCGAAGUGUUACAGCAUGUUGUUUAUUGUAGUAAAAAAAUAUUAGAAAAUAAACUGAGCAAAUUGUUUAACUACUCCGGAGAAAAUCCGGUGGAUUAGGUACAGAUUUA